AGAGACACCGGAGGAGGAGAGCUGGAGCUCCGUCAGCUGCGCGUCUCAGACCCCGGAUGAACCGACACCGACACCGCGGAGGAGGAGGAGGAGGAGGAGGACCCGGCUCUGUGCGGGGCUCCCGGAGCUAAGGCGCAUGUAUCCGCGCCACGCGGGGCUCUUUACGCACAACUUCUCCUCCAUAGACUCUUUAUAAUAUAUAUUUUAUAUUGAUAUAGUUUCCUCAUUAUUGUCAUCAUGGUGCUGGGCAAAGUGAGGGCCCUGGCGGUCUACUUCGACAGCCUGAACGAGAACAACCUGCCGGCGUUCUCCGGCGGAGACCAGGUGUCCGGGCGCGUGGUGGUGCAGGUGAGCGGAGACGUGCGCGUGAGGAGCUUGGAGGUGACUGCGAGAGGAGUCGCCAAGGUGCGGUGGACCGAGUCCAGGAACACCGGAGCGAACACCGCGUACACGCAGAACUACACGGAGGAGGUGGAGUACCUGCAGCACCGGGACACGCUGAUCGGAGAGGACCGAGGUAAGACUUUGUUUACACGAUCAGCUGAUCGCUGCACAAACUUUUGAGACACCAGCUGAUUCCUGUGAUUUCAUUUAAAAAAAAACAACUGAAAAAACUUUAUUAAUACAGAGAGACACAAACAAAAGAAGCCUGAAAACAUCCGCUGGUGACAGUUUUUGGUGCUGAUGCAACAGCUGAUGUUCUCUCUUCAAACGAGCGCGUGCGUUAUGGAAUCAAACGGCUUCACGUGCACACAGUGAAGCUUUUAAUUAAUAAGAGGCGGUUGUUGCUUCACAUCUCAGUUUACUGCAGGAAGGAGAACACAAGUUGAGAAACACAAAAAGAAAGAAAUCGAUCCAAUAAAAAAUCCAACGUUUUUUUAUGGUUGAUGUUUUGUGCAUCGAUCAGACUGAAGGAGCAGAAACGUGUUUUCUUUACUGAUGACAUCCUGAAGCGAGGCUCAGCAGCCAACUCCCUUUGUUAGAAGCGGUUCAAACCUGUUCACAAACGGCCAGAGAGGGAGGGGCGGAGGAGGGAGGACCCAGCUGACUGCGUGUGUGUGUGUGUGUGUGUGUGUGUGUGUGUGUGUGUGUGUGCGCGCGUGUGUGUCCGUUGAAUAAUAUGAGCCGCUGUUUAAAGCUCCACCUGUUGUUUUGUACUUGUUUUACUUGUAAAACGAUGCAAACAGGACAGUUUGAUGUGAAUGAGAUAAUAACUGAACCAGUUCAUGUGAGGCAGACUGGUGGUUCUGCUCUAAAUGUGAGAACAUGUGAAGGAUUGAGAGACAUUUCAUCCACAAGAAGCAGAAGAAGAAGCAGAAACAUGGAGGACUUUUGUUUAUUGAAUGGACUUCCUGUCAGAGUUUGUUUCUCUGAUGGAGGUCAAAGGUGAAGAAGAAGUGAAACGAUGACAUCAGAGUCAACUUUAGGGAUGAAGUGAUGAACUCUUGACUCAAAGGAAAGGAUGAACAUUCCUGAGCUUUUGAUUGCGUCACAUGAUCUUCCUCAGCUGAAGAUCCUCAAAUAUAAAAAGCUCAAAAUAUCUGCAGAUUUAAGAACUGAAGUUUACAGAACAAGAAAUGACAAACCAGGGUUAAUCAUUUCAAUAAUAAUCUAUUCAUUAAUGUAGAAGAGAAUAAAAGUAAGAUUUAACAAAAGUAUAAACAAUAAAAUAACAGAAAUCAUGUAAAGACAGAUAUAGAGACAGCGGUCCUCUGGACAGAGACAUGUACAUAAAACCUCCAACCUUCCGACAUCACAACAAGAGAUACUCAUUCAAAGAGAUGUGUUUGUACUCGCUGUACGUCUUCUUUUCUGUCUCUUUGUUUUUGGCUCAGUUUUUAGUCGUUUUUGUCUCUUUUUGGUAGUUUGGUGUCUCUCUGUAAGUGAGGACCUACUUACCUCGAUGACAUCACUGACAUGUCUAUUUAUUGAACAUUAAAUCUUUAUCUGAUGACGUGAAGCUUCGUAUGCUUGUAGUAGUUUCAGGGUUUUACACGGGUUUCUGGAGAGGUUUUAUACUUCUUGUUCUUUAUUGAUUGAGCCGGAAACCUUCGAUCUGAUCUAAACACAAAGAUAUUCAUAUUAAUAUCACACGAGACAAAGAAAUCUGAAGACAAAACAAACAACUUAAAGGAAAACAGCUGCUUCAACUUUGUGACUUAAAGUUCAUCGUUGGACCUCAGCUGAGGAAGACCAUGAGAUUCGAUGGAAAGCUCCAGAACAGCUGCUAAAUGGAUCUCCUGGUGAGAUGUCUGUAGUUUUCAUCAAUGGUUUACAUGUUGAACUUUUGUACCAGGAUGUAAAUGUGAUGAAGACUCUUUAUUUCCUCUUUAAAUGUGAUUUAUUUUGAAAGAGUAAAGAAUCAAAUGGUGUGAGUGUGAAAGCUGUUUUUCUCCUCAUCUUUUAUUUAAGUCUCAGAGUUUCAGGUCUACCUGUUAGUUCACUGUUGGUGUCUGACGCCCUUCCUCCUCUUCCUCCUCUUCCUCCUCUUCUUCCUCCUCCUCUCAUGCGACACACCACAUGGCUGUACUAAUGUGGGAAGGGGCUUGUCUCGGCCGAGCCAAUCAGAGCCCAGAUUGUAAUGCGUGUCACAUUCUCCUCCAAUGAGGAGCCGAGUUGUGAUGCAGGCGUUGGAGUUUCCAGCUGAAGGAGGCUGAUCAGUCUGGUUCAUACCGGUCUACUCCUGCUCUCUGUGUGUGCGUGUGUGUGUGUGUUCGCGGCCAACCUGACACACACAUGCAUGCAAGCUGUUGAUAACAGCUCUCAGCCGAACACAGACAGACAGACAGACAGACAGACAGACAGACAGACAGGAAGCUGACAUCAUCAUGUUUAAUCUGAAGAACAAAUAAAGAAAAGAGGAAGUAGAGUUCACGUUUCUGUUUGUAGCUUCAGCUUCUUCACUGCUGCUGAAACUAAAAUACAGGAAUACAGUUACAUUAUUUCAACAUAUAUAGAGUAUUUGAACUAUGUGGUAUUAGUACUGUUACUGUAAC